UGCCCAAGUUCACAAACCCGCAGGCUUCGGGGAGUUUGGAUUGGCUGUCACAGUGUGUGUGUUUGUGCGUGUGUGUGUGUGUCUUUGUUUUAGCCGUACUUUUGUUUUCGCUUUGGAUGACAGACCGACUUCAGCUUUAGCUCUUAACGUCCGGCCAGUCGACGGAUUCAAACGUGAACUUGGUGGAAAACUUUCUGAACGUCUCCCGGCUUUGUUUCCUCUCCAUCCGCACUGAUUUUGUUGAUGGCGCGAUCUAACCAAGAUGGACACAGGACUGUCCGUCGGUGGGAGACUCGAUAACGGCUUCACCCGUUACAUCUAAAUGUAGACUUGAUUAAAUUGUCCGCUGAAAACGUGUCAUUAUCAACUGGAUGUAAGCGGACUGGGCCAUUUCCAACCCAGGAGUCACAUCCUAUAAUGAACAUUUCCCCACUCCAGUUUCGGUGAACUUUUUCCCACGACAUGUCGGGAGUGGUCCGCACCCUGAGCCGCUGCCUGCUCCCGGCCGAGGCCAGCCGGGAUCCGGGCAACAGCAAGGAGAGGAGCCGGGAGAGGGACGCGGCGCAGGAGCGGGAGGCGCGGCGCCGGAGCCGGGAGAUAGACGCGAUGCUGGCCCGGGAGAGGAGAGCCGUCCGCCGGCUGGUGAAGAUCCUCCUGCUCGGGGCCGGAGAGAGCGGAAAGUCCACAUUCCUCAAACAGAUGCGCAUCAUUAAUGGACAAGAGUUUGAUAAAAAAGCACUUCUGGACUUCCGGGACACCAUCUAUGAGAAUAUACUGAAGGGCAUGCGUGUGCUGGUGGACGCCCGGGACAAGCUGGGCAUCGGCUGGGAGAGCUGCGAGAACGAGAAGCAGGGCAUGCUGGUGAUGUCGUGGGAGGGACGCGUGGGCGGCUCGGGGGUCGAGCCCAGCGAGUUUCAGCUGUACGUGAUGGCACUGAGCGCGCUCUGGGCGGACGCCGGCAUACAGGAGGCCUACGCACGGCGCUCUGAGUUCCAGCUGAGUGAGUCAGUCAAAUACUUCCUGGAUAACUUGGAUCGCAUUGGCCAGCUGAACUAUAUCCCAAGCAAGCAGGACAUUUUGUUUGCGAGGAAGGCGACUAAAGGCAUCGUCGAGCAUGACUUUGUCAUCAAGAAGAUCCCUUUCAAGAUGGUGGACGUAGGAGGGCAGAGGUCCCAGAGGCAGAAGUGGUUUCAGUGUUUCGACGGGAUCACAUCGAUACUCUUCAUGGUUUCGUCGUCGGAGUACGAUCAGGUCCUGAUGGAGGAUCGCAGGACAAACCGUUUGGUGGAGAGCAUGAAUAUCUUUGAGACCAUCGUCAACAACAAGCUCUUCCUCAACGUGUCCAUCAUCCUCUUCCUGAACAAAACAGAUCUGCUGGUGGAAAAGAUUCGCACAGUGGACAUCCGCAAGAACUUUCCCGAGUUCAGAGGAGACCCGUGCAGGCUAGAGGACGUACAGGCGUUCCUGGUGCAGUCGUUCAGCCGUAAGAGGAGAAACCGGGGGAAGCCGCUCUUCCACCACUUCACCACUGCGAUAGACACAGAAAAUAUUCGUUUUGUCUUUCACGCCGUCAAGGACACCAUCCUGCAGGAAAACCUCAAAGAUAUCAUGCUGCAGUGACCUUCAUGCUGCAGACAACGACUUCUCUGACUGUAAACUGUGAAACCAGCCAUUAAUCCAGACCUGGAGGACACUACAGCCCCGCGGAUGCAUAUUAAUAGCAACAUGUGGAGCAGCCGGUUAACUCACAGUGUGGAUUUACCUGAACCCUGAACCUGUGGAGCCACAAAGUGACUCUGGACCUGUUGGCCUACGGUGGCCCCUGUGGAGACCCUUGUGAAGACCAGAGAGGACAAAAUCCUGCAUUUAACCUGUAUAAAUGUGUGUAUGCUGGAAAGACAGUCACCUUCCUCUGCUUCUUGUAGCUCUUAAGUGUUUUAGAAAACAAGAAAAAGAAAAUGCACCGACUACACGACCUGAGCACUGAAAGUGGGUUUAUUUUUCCUGUUAAGACUAAUGACAACCCUGUCACUAAACCAAACAAGCUGUGUGAGCAGGCAGCAGGAGGGGAAGGAAGAAUAAGGAAGAAAGAAGGAAAGUUUCGAAGAACGUCUUGUCCUAAAGUACACAUGACCAUACUGGUCAUAUGCCGUGUUAUGUGAUAAGGUUGCACAAGUGUUCCUGUCAAUGAACUUUAGGAAAGAGAGACGAAGCUCUGCUCCCCGCUCCCUCCUGUGCCGUCUUUACCUCUCCUCCCCUGCUUGUGUUCAUCCUCCUGCCCCCGCCGUCAUACACGAGACGAACAGCUGCAGACAAUAAGUCUUAUCCCUCCUGUCCUGUCCCUCUCCUCCCCGGCACAAUGGACGGGCUGUUCGUCUCAUCCCUGUCCAGCAGACACAGUAGACUGUCAAAUUAGACGCUCUUCUCAGUUUAAACACACACACACACACACACACACACACGGAAACACAUGUCUCCUGGUUGUGCAUGAAUUAUGGUUCAGUUAUAUUCAUAUACCUUCUUCUGUUUCCCAUCACAGAGUAUCAAGUACCACAAUAACCGAGACUCAACUCAAGUCAUAUUCUAAGUAUCCCCUUUACAAGAAGGGUGUGGUUACGUUAGUUGUUCCCAUCCUUUUGUCCUAAAACGUGAAGCAGAGAAUGACAGGGUUGAACUGUAAAUGACCUUAUUCCCAUGCUGCUGGUGGCCAUUUUGGAUUUCUGUAGCAGUCAGGACAGGAACAUGAAGAUUGACAGAAAACAUCAGUAGAAAGCGACCAAGACAAGCCAGAAUGAACAAAAACCACAGAGUAAUUUGCUAACUUAUGCAGACGAUGAACCGUGAGUUUUCUUCUUCUCCAUGUCUGAUUUUUCCUACUUCAGGACACCUUUACACACAAAUAUCAAUUUAGUGCUGUAGGAAAAAUAGUUACAGUGCUGCAACAAUUAGUCAAUUGGUCAACCAGCAUUAAAGUCAUUUCUAAAACAACCAUACAGACACAAGCUUCUCAAAUAUAUCACUGUGAACUGAGUAUGUUUGAAUUUCAGACAGUUGAAUUGAAUUUCAGACAGCAAGUAAUUUAAAGAUGUCAUCUUUGGCUCUAACAUUGGCUCCAGAUUUCAAAGCUGCAAAUGUGAAUAUUUUCGUAUUAACAAUAGAAAAAGGGUCGCUCGACGCUGCAGUUUCCCUCAGUCCCACAUGGCUUUUUAGCAUCUUUCAGCUCAUCGCUUUGCUUUUAUCAAUUUGGUUCACUUAAACAGCAGGCAGGCAGCAAAGAUCCUCUGAUAAAUUAACACGCAAACCAACAGAGUUAGCAGCUAACUGGUGAACACUGUGCUAGUAAGAGUCACAAUAUCCUCGGGAGUUUGAGCCCAAACCGGAGCUAAAAAGGGAGUCGAUGUUGGUAUUGCAUUCAUGAGGUGACUUGAUGAUGAUUAAAUGAAUGUCGUGUCUGAUGGAUACAUUAAUAAGCAACCGUUUUUCUAAUAUGCUCAUCAUUAUCAAUUUUAUAAGGUGACAAUACACUCAGCGGCCAAUUUAUUAGGUACGCCUGUACGUAUGUUUGCUAGUGCAAAUAUCUGAUCAGCCAGUCAUGUGGCAGAAACUCAGCUCAUAAAGUCGCGCAGACAGGACAUGUCAGCAAUGCGACAUGUAUGACUUUGACAAUGGACUGAUUGUUGCUGACAGUCAGGGCGGUUUGAGUCGCUCAGAAACUGCUGAUUGCGUACAACAGCCUCCAGAGUUGAUGGAGAAUUGUGCAAAAUCCACCCAGUAGAAAGGUGUAUCUAAUGAAGUGGACAUUGAGUGUAAGUAAUUGUUUGCAGUUUGUUGCAAUGCAGCAGGUGGCCCGAAAAAAAACUUAUUGGAGAUUUAAUUUUAUUUUUUUUUUUUUUUAUUUCACCAGUCACAGUGUUCUGGUAAUGUAGCAUGUGGUCAAUUGCAGUUUAAUAUAUAUUUGUGCACUGAUUUAUGAUGGCGGUCAAACUGGUGACCAGAGCUGUCCUGUCAUGUGAUUUUAAUGGAUAUGUGCCAGCCGACCACAAACAUGUACUUUCACAUAAGGUUUAAAUUUGGACCCCGUAAUCCUUCCUUGGAUCCUUCAAAUCAGUUUCUUUCUAAUAUGUUUUCGGGGGGGGGGGGGGAUCCAUGAAGUGAAAGGGCUGAUUUGAUUCCCAGCAUUUGCAUGUUGUACAUUCUGGUACGCAGCAGUAGGACACAGCUGGGCUGCUCCUCCCCAUCCCAGUGUUCAGUCCAAAUGGCCUCGAUGGGAAUGAGGUGAAAUCAUGAGCACUUCCACACGCCUUAUUAUAAUACUGUAUUAAACACUUUGUGCAUGUUCAUACAUCUUGUACAUAGAAAACUGUAUUUGACUGACACUGUGUGUACUGUGGUAACCUUACAAUACAAACACCACUCUGUCUAACAGCAUCACUGUAACUGUAACGUUGCCGUCAACUAACCUACCUUUUCCACUCACACAAGAGGUGUUUUGUUUUUUUGUUUUUUGUACGUUUCGUCAUUGCACUGGAUGUGUACGAGAAGAAAACAAGCAGAAAGGAAAACGUCUGGGAGGGGAAAGAAAAAAAAGGGGGGGGGCAAUGAAACAAAUAAACAGACGGCAGAAUUUUAAAGGCGGACAGGAUGGAGGCAGAGGAUGAAAAGAGGAAGGUCCUCUGCUGUUGUUUUUUGUUUCCCAGUGCCUUGGCUCUGUGCUCUGUGGUGAAAUACACUGCCGUUUGCUGA